GGGAUUGAGGAGCUGUUUUCAUUGGCUGAGAAAACGAGCGUCAAACGUACGUACGUAAUAUCUCCGAGAGUUAAUAUCUCCAAGUUACGUUUGAAGAUGUUUGUACGAUUCACCUAAAUGUUCUUUUGUCCUCUCUAAAUUACAAAAUGUAAAAUGCUGGUCUUUUUUCCGGUAUGCCCAUCACACUACUGUGGAUUUUUUUUAAAUGUUGGAAGAUAUUUUCAAACACGAGAUGGACGCUUUCUUUCUACAAAGGAAAAUUGAAAUCGAAAUUAUUAGAAAACAAAAGAGAUGUAAUUAAUCCCAACAACAGCACAAUGCAAAGCAAUACAACACAACUUUUAACAUGUGUAUAAAAAAUGACACAGACCUACAUUAGAAGAAAUUAAUUUAAUCCAAACCUGAAUUCAUAGACGGAACACCGCACUGUAUUAACUAAUCACUCAACAGUUCGUUUAUGUGAAUUACGAGUUUACGAGGGGCUCGUGAAGUGCUCUUGUGUCGCACUGAUGUCACUGUAGCGUGUGUGUGUGUGUGUGUGUGUGUGUGAAUGUACAGUGUGUGUGGGAGGAGUAAAUGGUGCUGAGCAGAAACCCCCUGAUAUGAAGGACGAGUCGCACUGGCAUCGGGCCUGAACCCCACAUCAGUCCCCGCGCCGGUCGCUCGCGAUGGAUUUCGUGCUGAGCGGGGCGGCGGCUUGCGGAGCGUGUCUGUUCACCAACCCGCUGGAGGUCGUCAAAACGCGGAUGCAGCUCCAAGGAGAGCUCCGGAGCCGGGGGACUUACCAGAUUUAUUAUCGCAACGUGUUCCACGCUUUUUACACCAUCGGGAAAGUGGAGGGACUCUCCGGCUUACAGAGAGGACUGGCACCCGGGCUAGUCUAUCAGUUUGUUAUGAAUGGGGUCAGGCUCGGCUCGUACGCCGUCAUUGAGUCCUCUGGUUACAUCCACACUAACGGAAGGGUCAGCGCGGUCAAAACUAUAGUAUCAGGGGCUGUGGCAGGAGUGGUGGGAGCCGUGAUGGGCAGUCCUGUAUACUUGGUAAAGACUCAUCUGCAGAGUCAAGCUACCUCCUCAAUUGCUGUUGGGCAUCAGUAUAAACACCAGGGGAUGACCCACGCUUUGGCAGCCAUCUACAGGCAGCAUGGCAUUCUGGGACUGUGGAGGGGCUCCAGUGCUGCUGUACCAAGGGUCAGCGUGGGGUCAGCUGCACAACUCUCCACCUUCUCCUCCUCCAAGGAGCUUGUGAUUGACCUGCAGGUGUUCCCAAAGGACAGCUGGUUGGUGGCCUUGAGUGCCGGCAUGAUAAGCAGCGUGGUGGUGGUGUUGGGGAUGACGCCUUUCGAUGUGGUGAGCACAAGGCUCUACAACCAGCCUGUGGAUCACCUUGGCAAGGGCCAGCUUUAUAAAGGAUUCACAGACUGCUUUUCUAAGACGCUGAGGAAGGAAGGUGUGAUGGGACUCUACAAAGGAUUGGGAGCCUCUUAUUUCCGGCUUGGUCCACACACCAUUCUGUCUUUGUUCUUCUGGGAUGAACUGCGCAAACUCUACUGGCAGCUGCCAGAGCGGAAGGCUGCAUCACUGAGAUGACUGCUGCAGCUGUAUAGGAGCCCAGGAGGAACAUUAAACCACUGUAAGUCAAGAGGAACAGCACUCCUGCCAAGUAUGUGUGCUAACCUUUGAGAGUUUCACCACGAUAACGCAGGAUGAGGAAGACAAUCACUGCUGUCUGGGCCAACGUGAAGAGCCUCUCACCCCAGGCACUGUGGAGCAGUUCAGUGAAUCAGAGAAAGCCGAGAACUGUCAGAAACGUUUCUCUCACUUGGUGACAUCUGACAUGAAGAGAGCACUAAGGAGUUCCUACCUGCUGUGAUCUUAGAGCACUUACAUUAAGAAAUCAACUACUAUGUGUAAGAGUAUGGUCUUUGACUUGUUUACCACCCGGCUAUUAAUUACGUACAAGAGUGGGAAGCUGUUGGCCACAGCAUACACAACAGGACAUGAGAAGGCAUAAAGCUGCAGCAGGACGGAGGGGAGACUCAGGCCCUCUGCACUUCCUCUCCACAGUAUCUUCAACAGCUGAAGUAGCUGCGCUGCAGGGAGACAACAGACCAAAAUCACCGAGUAUCAGGAUUGAAGACCCCCAGCAUGUAGAUUUGGUGUAGAGCUGCAACGAUUAGUCGAUUAAUCAAUCAAAAGAAAAUUAACUGGCAACAGUUUUGAUAAUUUAUUAAUUGUUUGAGUAAUUUUUUCAGCAAAAAUACCAAAGUUCUCUGGUUCCAGCAUCUUAAAUGUGACAAUCUUGCCGUUUUUCUUUGGCAAAUAUGACAGUAAAUUGAACAUUGUACAGUUCAACAAGCUCACUGUGGGCUAUGAGAAACUGUGAAUGGCAUUUUGUUCACAUUUUUUUUAACAUUUCAUUGACUAAAUGAUUAAUCAAUGUAUUCACUGAUAAUGAAAAUAAGCAUUAGUUGCACCCCUAAUUUGAUAGUUGUUCAAGUUAGCGAUGAAUAUGUAAAUUAUAAUAAAAUAAAAAAACGGGCAGUUGAACAGCUGGCUGACACUGAAACGAGGUACAGCUGCUUCUUCUUAUUGUUAUUAUUAUUAUUAUUAUUGUUAUUAUCGUUAGUAUGUGUAUGCAAAAAUAACUUCUUAAUAUCCAUAUUAAAUUGUAUUUUCUACACUGUAUUAUGGCAUGAUUCUGCUAUUAACUUGUGAGAAGAUGUUUGUGCUUCUGCAUAGACGACAUGUUAAUGUUGAGGUCUUGCAAUAUCAUGUAUCGAUGUUGUAAUGGUUGUAUGCACUACUAACCGCAGCAAGUACUGAAUAGUACUGGUAGUUUAUCAAAGCACUUAAAGGAAUUUGGAUUCUAGUUUGAUCAUUGUGUUGUGAAGAGAUUCAAUCAGUAAUGAUCUAUUCAAUCAUUGCAGUGUAAAAAAACAAAGAAAUAAUAGGCGUUAUGAGAGGUUUUGGGGUUGUUUGAUAUUUUUUUCUCAUUUUGUUCUAAAACAAUCUCAUCUGUGAGUAUGUCAGGGAAGAAAACUAUUGAACCAGUUAGUUGUUGAUGUCCUGCUGCUGUUAGUCGAUUAAUCAAUCAAAAGAAAAUUAACUGGCAACAGUUUUGAUAAUUUAGUAAUUGUUUGAGUAAUUUUUACAGUAAAAAUACCAAAGUUCUCUGGUUCCAGCAUCUUAAAUGUGACAAUCUUGCCGUUUUUCUUUGGCAAAUAUGACAGUAAAUUGAACAUUGUACAGUUCAACAAGCUCACUGUGGGCUAUGAGAAACUGAAUGGCAUUUUGUCCACAUUUUUUUAACAUUUCAUUGACUAAAUGAUUAAUCAAUGUAUUCACUGAUAGUGAAAAUAAGCAUUAGUUGCACCCCUAAUUUGAUAGUUGUUCAAGUUAGCGAUGAAUAUGUAAAUAAUAAUGACAUAAAAAAAGCUAUUGAUGACCAUGUGAGUCAACGGGCAGUUGAACAGCUGGCUGACACUGAAACGAGGUACAGCUUCUUCUUCUUCUUCUUCUUAUUAUUAUUAUUAUUAUUAUUAUUAUUAUUAUUACUAUUAUUAUUAUUAUUAUCGUUAGUGUGUGUAUGCAAAAUUGUAUUUUCUACACUGUAUUAUGGCAUGAUUCUGCCAUUAACUUGUGAGAAGAUGUUUGUGCUUCUGCAUAGACAUGUUAAUGAUGAGGUCUUGCAAUAUCAUGUAUCGAUGUUGUAAUGGUUGUAUGCACUGUUAACCGCACCAAGUACUGAAAAGUACUGGUAGUAAAGCACUUAAAGGAA